CCAACAUCAUGCGCUUUAUAACGUCUACACAAAACCGUCCGGUUCCGUCCAACCAUCGUUAGGCUGUAAAUUCCAGUCCAAUCAGAGGACUGGAUGUGGUUACGGACCGUCAGUUCAGCUGUGCCAACUUGGUGAUGCUGUGCUCUGGUGGUACUUCCACGCUCGUCUACAGACAAGCGUGGAAGUCCAAAAGAGCGGCUAGUCACCUGGCGAAUGAGCCUCGCUCGCUCAUUAGAUCUUUCCCACCAGCUCCCUGGAAGAAUCUCUGUACACAACAGAAAGUAGAACAGGCAACCGGCCAGACUCCUCUAACGACGUCGGUACAGCUGCAGGGCAUCAAGGACAACAAAGAUCCGAAAAGAGUUGUUCACAGCGCCAAAAAGACCAAAACAGGCAUAGAAAAGCAGCCCGCAUCUUUUGAACGGACAACCAAUAAAGUUCCUCCAACGACGUCGGUACAACCACAGGGCCCCAAGAAAGGCAACAAAGGUUUGAAAAUAACUGCCCGCAACUUCAAAUGGGCCGCAAAAGGCGUAGGAAGACGACUCGCAUCUAUCAAACCUACCAAACUCAAAAUCAGCGAGACAGCGGUUACUCAUGAAGUAAGGUCCGAGCUGCUCUGCUCAUUCAAUUGGGCGAGGGAUACUUUUUCGAUCUACGUGCCUGGUCACCCCCCAGAAUGGACACCGCCUACUUUGCCGUUCUGUCUUUCGGAAGACAGGGGAUUUUAUUUCAGUGACGAAAACGUUGCAAGAGUACCGUCUUGCCCUUAUACUCCCUUCUUCAAAGCACUUCAAGUCAUGCGUCCUUCAUACAAACUCGACGACGUCGAUAUCAUCACAAAUCGGGGCGCCUUUCGGAAAUUAUUCCAAUUUGCAGCAAAUAAAAUCAAAAGUAGCUUCUGCAUCGACUUUAUUCUCGUCCACAACACGCUACUGAUGUCUCGCCGAUUGCGUAACGGAAGAGAAUACCGAAAAAAUGCGAAAGAUCCAGGCUGGGGACAUACAUUUGAAAAAGAGUGUACUUCGCCGAAGUCUGGAUUGCAGGAGAGUUCCAGCCACCACCGCGCCAUUCGAUAUAAUUUGGGUGACUUGAGCUGUGUCGUUCAGUCUGAGAUUGAUGCUUUCUAUGAUAGCCGUCAAUCACAAGAGCCAGAACAUACUGUUUCCCGAAAAGUUUCAUCUGUUAAAGCGGCAUCGCCACCAACUGAAAGCAGAGCACCCGGUGGAUUGGCUGUCCACAAAAUUGGAUCCGUGACACCGGCAUCGCAGCUAGCUGAAAUCAAAACACGACCGCAACAAAUUAGACCGGGCGAGGUCAUACCACAGCUGUGGUUUGGUCGUACGCCCCAACUAAUCAUGGGUAUCCGCAAAAACUCCAAGGGCGUUUUCAAGAAAGUUAACAUUCGGGAUUUUACUCCGUCUUUUCAGGAAUGGGAAACGAAAAACCAGGACGCACUGCGUAAGCUCACCACCCUAUUACGACGGUUAAAGACGAUUGCGAAAGCGGCACAAGGGCGCGUAUGCGUUGCCAUCCUUGACAAAAGCAUAAAGCCCGCGCGGCUCGUGAUCCACACCAGUACUAGGAAAAUAAUUGUGCCUCAGGAAUUCCUGAGCGAGUUCUGGGGUCUAUGA